AUGAGAUUAUUAAUACUACCCUGUGGAUGCUGCGGCUCGACACAGAAGCGAACAAUUGUUGGAGGAUGGGCGUGGGCCUGGUGGCUCGUCACGGAUGUGCAACGUAUCUCCCUUGAGGUUAUGACCCUUAACCCCAUGUGCGAGUACGUGGAAACUGCCCAAGGUGUUCCUCUAACCGUGACGGGGGUUGCCCAAUGCAAGAUCAUGAACGAGGACGAGCUGUUGACAACAGCCUGCGAACAGUUUCUAGGGAAAUCUGUGAAAGAGAUCAAGAUGACUGUCCUUCAAACACUCGAAGGCCACUUGCGAGCUAUACUAGGAACGCUUACAGUCGAAGAGGUGUACAAGGACAGAGAUCAGUUCGCGGGAUUGGUGCGAGAGGUGGCGGCUCCGGACGUAGGACGGAUGGGCAUCGAGAUCCUGUCCUUCACGAUCAAGGACGUGUACGAUGAUGUCCAGUACCUGGCCAGCUUGGGGAAGGCGCAGACGGCGGUGGUGAAGCGCGACGCUGAUAUAGGCGUGGCUCAGGCGAAUAGAGAUGCUGGGAUACGAGAAGCCGAGUGCGAGAAAACUUCUAUGGACGUAAAGUAUUCUAUGGAUACUAGAAUAGAAGAUAAUACAAGACUCUACAAGCUGCAAAAAGCACAAUUUGAUCAAGAAAUUAAUACUGCCAAAGCCGAAGCUGCUUUGGCCUACGAGCUCCAAGCAGCAAAGAUCAAACAGAAAAUACGAAACGAAGAAAUACAAAUCGAGGUCGUGGAGCGUCGCAAGCAAAUUGAGGUGGAACAACAAGAAAUCAUGCGUCGUGAAGAAGAGCUCAUAUCCACAGUGCGUCUGCCCGCCGAGGCCGAGGCUUACCGUCUACAAGCCAUCGCAGAGGGAAAACGCACACAAACAGUGGAAGCGGCUAAAGCGGACGCAGAACGUAUCAAAGUGCUGGGUCUGGCCGAGGCGAUGGCCAUCGGCGACGUGGGCAAAGCAGACGCGGAGAGGAUGCUGGCUAAGGCCAAGGUGUACAAGCAGUAUGGAGACGCGGCCAUCAUGGCCCUCGUGCUGGAGGCUCUGCCUAAGAUCGCAGCAGAAGUAUCGGCGCCUCUCGCAAAGACGGACGAGAUAGUGCUGGUGGGCGACAGCGGCGUGACGGGCGAGGUGGCGCGGCUGGCCGGCACGCUGCCGCCCGCGCUGCGCACGCUCACCGGCCUCGACCUCGCCAGCGUGCUGCAGCGGAUGCACCCGAAGCCUGUUGAUGAGUCUCCUCUCGCGGCGAGUAAGAAGAAGGAAGUGACCGCCUGU